ACUUCUUGAUACGAGGGCCCGUUGAGUGAAAGCUUCUUCUGUUCAGUCUAAAACCUUUUGAUUCAUUUUGGAUUGCGCGUCAGUCAAAAAAUAACGCAACAAAUAGGCGUGUUUUGCUGCUUUCUGAUGUGUCACAUGUUUUUGUUUGAUCCAACGUUUUAUACUUAGAAUUAUAUCGAAAAACCUGCUCAAUGUGUCAGUUUUAUUGUUAAGUUGACUCCAGAUACAGAUUUGUACAGUGCGUACAUUAGGCGAAAGGAUAGUUAUGUCUUAAAUGUUAUGCUUUUAUGUUUGUUUUAUAUUUAUCUAAGUGAGUCGAAUAAAGGACCGACACCAAUUCUCACAAUAAUAGGUUCUAAGAAUUGAUAAGUUGAUGAGGUAAUUGGUGUCUAACGUAUUCGUUCUCAAAACACAAAUCUGGUUAACCAGCCAGAAUUCAUUUUUCAAGUUUGAGCCUCAAAGGUUGUGCUUACUAUAGCAAACGUAGUUGUAUUCAACUUAGAGCCCAUACAGUGUUAAACCUAGCUGCAACUGUAUGUCGGUGGUCAAGUCUAUGGGAUUUUCAGUGUGCUGGACAAGAGCCUAUGAUUUGGAAUUCCAACGGUACGUGACCGAACUAAUGCAUUGAUGAUUCUGCCUCUAAGUUAAGCCAGUUGAUAGGGGAUGCAUUGAAGUCGUCCGCUCUAAGACUCCUCUAUUUGUUUAGCCAGGAUUGUAUUUUAUUAAGGAGGAGAUAAUUCCACUUACAUUACGAGCUCCAGCAUGCUACAUCGUGUUCCAUGUCUUCUUCCAUACAUUUCACCCCAUGACAUACCGAUUCACAUGUUUCUGAGUUGUGUACCACUUUCUACAGCUUGUGCGUUUAAGAUCUUCAGGUGCAAAGUGACACUACCUUCACGUUUUGGUAUGUCCUACAAAACAGAAAAAGCGACCCCUUAAAUUUUGCUAUCAUUUAUUUCUGAUGCUGUCCACAUUCCUGAAAUGUCAGUGGCCUGAAAGUUUUCUGUGACAAUCACAUUUUCUAGCUUUGGCACCUUGUUCAGCAGAGUAAGAUAGGUGGUAUUAUAGUCGGUAUUAGAGACAAUCAACUCUGUUAGAUACUUAUUUGGUCUAUGCUCAGUGGUUUGGGUUCACCUGUCUCCCCCUAACAAUGAGGUUUUUUUCCCAUUUUCGACAUCAUCUUUUUAUAUUUAUUGGCUUCAGGUAUAUUUAAUUGUGACCGGUGCAGACUCAGAUUCCAAUCCCAAGAAGCUUGUGUAAGUUUCUAAGUAACAAGUCAUAUUUCGUGGUGAAGGCAAUAGGUACUUUAAAAUUAAGUUUUUUGUUUGAACUGUCAGCUGGACGUCUACUGAACCUUUCAUCCGGUUCAGCAGCACUGUUGAAAACUUUUCCUGGUACCGAUAAUAGUGUGAUUCCUUUAUAUUUCCUACAUUUACUCAGGUAUCCUUUCUUUGGUAUCUUGAUGAGGUAUCCUUCUUCCUAGUCUGUUGGCACCUACCCCCCAUAUCUUCCUGAAUAUUUCGUAGAGAAUCUGUACAGUUACUUCUGUGUCUGAUUUCAGUGCUUCAGCUGGUAUAUUGUCAGGUCCUGCUGUUUCCCCACUUCAUUGAGUUUGUCAGUAUCUCAAAGGAAGGCUGUAUUGAACGUUUGUAUUGCUGUUUGUCCAGUUGUCCAGUUCUUCUUUAGCUUCAUUUUCAUCUUAGCCACAACCAAGUGGUGAUCUGAAGCUGUUAGCUUCUCUCCUGGUUUUCACGUCUUCCAUUGACCUAAGUUUUUUAGUGAUGCAAAUAUGAUCGAUCCUGUUAGGGAUGUGGAAUUCCGAAAUAUAACCUCUGACGAUGAAAAUCAAUAUAGAUUUCAAAAUUAGGUGAAGGUGGAUAUAAAGUCAACUUUCGAAAUAUUUUCACUACAUUAAUCUACGAAUUUUUAAUACUUUUUCACUGUUUUUAUUCAGUGACAAAUAGUCAAUCAUAAUUUAUAAUCACUGUAAUGGAUUUACAACUGAUUGACCUAAAUACACUUCUAACUCUACUUGAAGAAACUGCACUUCAUACUAAAGUUAGCGGAACAACGAAUCCAGGUUUAAUACAAAUAGUUUUAUUUAUAAUAUAGACAUAAAAACCAUUAUUCUGGAGUUACUGAUAAACUAGUACAAUUCAAUAACUGUUUACAAGUUUUGGAUUGCAUUCGUUGUGGGCACUAAAUAUGUUAAUAGACCACUCUAAAUAGUAACUGGUUGAACGUUUGACACCAAAUUAAUACCUUUAAGUAACCAGCUCCACGGUGAUCUCUCUAGUCUGGUUCUACUUGUUAUUAAUUCGGAGUCUUUAUGCUUCAAAAAUUAAUCAGUAACUUUUACUUUGGACAGAACCGAAGGGAGUUAUUUAUGUAAUAUUCAGUGACUUGCUAUUUCAUACCGAACCUUUAGUUUAACCCUGUAUGUCUUUUUAAAAGUAAGAAUCAUCGAAUAAGUAAUGUUGAGACUAUGUACAGCUUUUCAUUUAGCUAGCCCCCAAAUGCCCUGGUACGGCCGAGGGUGGGGAGAGUCCGCUCUCCCUCUCGAAAUGCUCUCACAUGGCCACGCCUAUAUAGCCUCUGCUAGGGAAGUCCUACUCACUGCCUUCUCGUGGCGGGGGUGUUGUUUACGAAAAUGAGAGGGCGAAAAGCGAAUGUCUGGCGCUUUAACCGGCUUCCAAACCAAUGGUGCACAUUGGCUCCAGUAUCCUGAAGGAACAAAUGGCGUAUGAACCAAUCGUCGUUCACCGGCUUCCAUGGGACUGCAUCUCCUCACGAUGCUCCACUGCCUCGUGGAUCAGACCUUUAGGUCGAAGGCUCGGGGAGUGGCCCCUUAGAACACCACGUGGUUCGGUUUGGGCACCCGGGCAAUAUCACAGCCCUCACACAUAUCGAAUGAAAUUUGUGUGGCGCAUAUCUAUUUGGUGCCUCAUUGUACCAAUAUCUAUGUGUUAAAAAUAAAUAAAUAAAAAUUUCAUUUAGCUAUGCUAAGCUAUGAACCUUCAUUGGUAUGGUUUGAAACAUAAUAUUGAUGAGCAGCCACCAUUUACUUUGACGUUAUGAUCUAACUAGCAUAUGAGUAAAGGUGAUCAGAUAUGCCCUUGAUUUGUUCGGUUGAACUUCGCCAUGUUGGGUUGUAUUGACUACCUGAGGCUCGUAAGAUUAUUGUCAUCUAUAAUUGAAGACCUUAGAUGACAUGUCUGGAAAUCUACAGCAGUUGCACAGAUGUAUUCGUCCUCUAUCUGCUCAUAAGUUUCGAGUUUAAAUAGUUGGAAAACCCUGAUUCUAAACCAAUAGUGCACAUGGGCUCCAGUAUCUUGAAGGAACAAAUGGCGUAUGAACCAAUCUUUGGUCACCGGCUACCAUGGGACUGCAACUCCUUACGAUGCGCCACCGCCUUGUGGAUCAGACCUUCAGGUCGAAGGCUCCGGGUUUUGUCUCCUAAGAAAACCACCUGCUUCGGUUUGAGUACUCGGGCAGUAUCACAGCCCUCAUAUAUAUCAAAUAAGAUUUGUGUGGCGCAUAUGUAUUUAGUGCCUUUUUAUACCAAUAUCUACGUGUCAAAAUAAAUAAAUAAAUAAAUAGUUUUCCCCUAGGUCUCUUUCUUUUGUUUAAAUUUAGAUAUUCUACAUUCUCUCUUUUACCCAGUUUUUCUUCGUCUUUUUAUUUUAAACUAUUGAUUGAAAGUGUAUUAACAACUUUGAUUGAUGGGAAUUUAUUCUGUGCUCUUUUUUAACCACUGAUUAAUUUGAAAAUUCAGGAUUCAUUGACUAACUAGUAAUCUUUUUUCAAAUGAUAGUUACAGACGUUUCUUGCUUGAAUUAAUAAUGAAGUAUCCGUGAAUUGUGUGUGAAAUUGAAAAAGAGAAAUGAGUAAAAAUAAAGUUCGCCAGCAUUCUAGUCGUCGUAAAAGGUACAAAGAAGUGGUUCAAUCACGUGUAAACAGUAAAACUCCUGUUCAAUAUACUCGUCGAUUAAAAACAAAAAAACAUAAAAAGUUAAAAAAUAUUGGCGCAAAUAAUUCAAAUUUAGAAAUAUACAAUCGUCCACCUAAAUUUAAUGAUGAAGAUUAUGUUCCAGCAAGUUUUAAACAAAUGUUACUUAUGAAAGAGGGUAAACGGAAAACUCUAUUUGAUCCAGCUGUUGGUGAUACUAAAGGUAUGAAGAAAAAAGAUGAUCCAGUUCCUGUCUUGAAACAAGGUAAACAUGAAUCAGAUGCUCAUUAUUUGGGACGACUUCAUAAAGAAGUUGAAGAUGAAUUAAAUAAGGUGGAAUUCUCCAAGAAACAACGAACUGAACUUAUUCCUAUUACAGAAGUUAAGCAAAGUAAAAAGAAGCGUAAAGCUGUAAAACGUUUAAAUGAUAAACGUAAAAAAAAACGUUUACGUACUAUUGAAAAACGUUUAACAGGGUUUGAACACUUACAAGAUAAAGUGAAAUUCAAUGAAGUUGUUAUGGCACCUCCAUUACAAUUGACUAAACCUAAAAUGGUAUUUAAGAAAAAAUUAGAUCAAAUACAUAGUUUAGACAAAUUAUUAACAACGUGAAUUACAAUCCUAUUCUUUGUACAUCUAUGCUGAUUUUGAUUAAUUAAAUAAAGAGAAUUGUUGAUACAUACUGAA